AUGUCUAAAUUUUUGUGGUACAGAGAAAAUGAAGAAAUACAGAAUAAAAGUGAGUUGUUGAAAAUGGAGUUGAUUUUUUUCACAGUUUUAGUCGGAGCUACCCUGGCCCUUCUCAUGUAUAUCAGAUUUGUAUUCAGUAAUAGUAAGGAACAGCAGAUAUCUGCAGAAUCUCAGGAAUCAGCGGCUGCAGCUCAGGAGAAGGAAGAACAGAAGUGGUUGCUCACCUCGUUAAAAGCACACAGUAAGCGCAUUCUGGACAUGGACUUUAGUCCUAACGGGAAGUACAUUGCCACCACCGGAGAGGAUCAGUCUGUUAUUGUUUGGUCGGUCAAAGAGUUUGCCCAGAAGGAACACAAGAACUACAGGUGUAAUGUUGCCUACGAUCACAGUAUUUUUAUCAAGUGGAGCCCGGACUCUAAAGCUUUCAUCUUGCAGAAGUCGGUACAAAACUGUAUAGAGGUAUAUAAGAUGAACAAGAAAGCUGAAGGAGGUUUUGAGUUCGCUCCUGCUCUAACCUUUCCCUCCAAGCACACAACAGAUAUUAUUGGUCUGGAUAUUGCCAGUAAUGGGAGGUUUAUAGCGACGUGCAGUGAUAAAACUGAUCUCAUUCUUUGGAACCUUAGGGGAGAAAUUCUGGCUAGAUUAGACACCUAUCACAACCUGACAUAUUGCGUGAAGGUGUCCCCCUGCGGAAGGUCGGGAGACUUUGAAAAGAUUACUUCCGCUUUUGAGUUGCCAGGACACAGAAGUGGAGUUUACAGUUUCUGUUUUACUCCUGAUUCCAGCAGGAUGGCAACAGUGUCUAAGUGUGUUUGUAUAGCCCAGGAUAAGACAAUACGUUUCUACUCAGCAUUCACAGGCGAGCUUGAGGGUGAGAUAACUGACGUACACACGCAACCAAUUACGCGCGUUCUGUUUGAUGCAGCUGGCAAGUAUGUGCUCACCACAGGAGACAAACAUGUGCGCGUAUUCCAUAAUGUUCCGGGGCAUAGAACAUCUAUCCAGGCGUUGAAGGAGACUCUAAAACGGAAUAUGAGCAACGCCUCGGCAAAAACAAGAAUAGAACAACAGAUAACAGAUGCUGAAAAUACCUUGAAUAAUAUUCUUAACUAGAAGGGGGGCAACCCCCAUCCCCCCCGUCCCCCCCAACAGAAUGUUAUGAAAUGUUUUUUCUUUCAAAUUGCAGAAGACCUCCCCCCCCUUCCCCACACACACACACACACAUACCACUAUAUGUCAAAUUCACAUUUGAAUGGGAAUCUUAUAUCUUUGUCUGAUGUUUUUAAAAGCUGGUGUUUUGUAAAAUUUCAAAUUUGUGAAUUAUUGCAUAUAUUUUUAUGGCUAUAAAAAUGUGUGAAAAGUGAUGAAUAUUGUUCAUUAUUUAAAAUGUCUUUUGUGAAACUGUGAAGUGUGUGUUUUUCCAGGUGUUAUUAAGUCCCAUAUACUAACGAACAAAUUGUCAAUUGAAAAUUAAAUUAUUAUUUCUCUCUAAUUUUUGUCGUUUUUACCAAGAUAAAUCUGUGAUGUUAUAUUUGUUAUAUUUGUUAAAUGUUGUAUUUUUUAAAUACAUGUUUUCUAGUUUUA